AUGUCACAUAAUAAUCAAUAACCUGGAAUAUACUAUCUGGUUACAUGUUUUUAAGAUGAAUCAGAAGGUGGGGCUUCAAACUUGUAUUGUUAUACGUAUGUGUUGUUCAUUAAUAGUAAUAGGAACAUCUUAGAAAUAGCUUGGGCUUGGAUUAUAUUGAUUUCAGGUUCAAUCGUAUUAUUCAAAAGAUAUUAAAAACAUAAAGAUAUUACACGAUACAAUCGUAAAUAGAUUAUUGUUUCAAUAAUGGUUAUUAAUAUUUGUGGUAUGAUAUUAUAUUAAUAUUUAGCAUACCUAGCAUAUUAAUGGUCUUAUGAAAGUGCCUUAUUAUAUUUUCCAGAGUAUUACUUUUAAUACAUCUUUUUUUGUUAUACUAUUUAUUAUUUCGGAAGAAAAUCAAUAAUUCUUGGAAUGUUAAAUAUGAGAAUGGAUGUUUCAUAUUAAGAUAUUGAUCCAAUUAUUUAACUAAAAUUAUCGAAAUUAUUUUGCAUUGGAUUAUGUUCAUUUUUUACAAUAAUAUUCAUAAUGAAUUACAUUUAAUACUUCUUUGUUGUUAAUAGUGUUGGUGAUUAUGAUUUAUGUUCUGGUAGAUAAACUUAAUUUAUUUUAGCCAGCUUUUUUAAUAUAGUAACUACAGUAGGAUUCUUUAUGCAAGGUCUUUUCAUAUUAUAAGUAAAAUAAUUGUCCAGAUAAGUGUCAAAAAAUUUAAGUGCCUAAAAAUUAGAUAAUCCAAUGAUGAAAUUGAAGGAAUAGAUUCAAAAGAAUUAAUCUUCUUUAUGGAUAUUAGUGAUCUUUUGUUUUUUUGGUUCAUUUGCUAAUUUCAUGUAGAAUGUCUAUUUUGUCUCAAUGAUUGCUAAUUAUAAAAAUAAAGAUGGAUAAUUCACUUGUUGGUAUGUUAAUGUAAAACAUUAUUUAUUGAAAAGUUAAAUAGCACAAUUUGGACUAAUGGUAUAAAUGCACUUAUAGGAACAACAAUAAAAUUUUUUGAUUUCUUUUUACCUUAUUUUUUAACUGUAAAGAUCUUUUGGUACAAUUCAAAAAAGAGUGAAUAAUAAUAAUUUGUAAUAUAUAUCUUAUUAAUAUAUAUUAGGAGAUAACUAAUUCUGAUUAAAAUGAAGUAGAAGUUUAUGAAUUGCAAUUACCUAAUAAUUAAUCAUAAUAAACAUCAUCAUAACACACUUAAGAAGAAUAAUGA